UUUUUUUUAAAUCGUCAAAGUUCUAGUUCCGUCGAGUUUGGAGAAGAAAACGGGGACUCCGCCGCUGAACUUCUCCUGCUUUUGGACUUGAAGCAGAGACGCGGAGCGCCGCGAGACUGAAAUCGAUGACCACCGAUCCGUUAGUGGACCUCUUCCGGACACUCCCGAACACUCACGAAGACAGCCUCUCCUCUUCUUCCCUUCCUUCCUCCUUCCCUCCUCCCCUUCACGCCUAAUGUAGCCGUACCUCAAACCCUCCCCCCGUAUCAGAGUAGAAACAACAAGCCGCCAUUUUGUUGUGCGGACAGACCGUCAGAAACAGGAGAUAACCGAUAGAAGGAGCGACUCCGGCAGCCGACGGCAGCCGCUCCGGGAACCGCUGGGGGAAGCGAGAGCAGCCGAGUCCUUUCCGUGCUUUCCGGCGGAGGGGAACGCAUCACGACGAAAAAGAUAAGGAGUCCGCGGAGGCAAAAUACCGCUCGGUGGCAUAUGUAUUUAUAAACAUAUAUGUAUGCAUGAGAAGGAAAUACGCCGAAAAAUCCAAGGAAGGGGGUGUUUUGCGGAACGGCGACGGGGAGGAGAGGCGGAAGAAGGGAGCUACGACGAGGAAAAAACCUGCGAAAAGGAGAAAACAUCAACAUGAAAUUUCAGAAUGUGUUCGUCGCGGAGGAAGGAACGAGCCCGCAUAGACAAUUAUAUAAAUAAAUUGCUGCCGGGCAGACGGGAGAGGUGGAAAGAAAGACGGGUUUAAAGAGAAGGGGGGAAAUUGCCUGGACCAACACGAAGGGGGGGCAAUCACCAUCACAAAAGAGUCCGGAGAGGAUUUUUGUCAGCUCCGAAAUAUUUCAGGGAGGUGUUUACGGUCGGGAGCUGGAGGAGCCAUCAUCCUGUCGGAUGAUUUUACUGUCAUUUCCCUGAAAAUCCUCGUCUCGUCCUUUGCUCUGCGUUCGGCUUGUCCACGCGUGGCCGAGGCGUCCUUUUAAACCGGGGGGCCAAAAAAAAGUGACAAUAUUUAUCAGGCUUUUUUCCAUCCGAGAGGAAAGGAGCACAAAGUAGAUCUUCCAAAUGACUGGAUCAAUCCAACUGUCCCACUGAUUGCUCAUUAGAUGAUUGCCUUCAAGAACUGAGGAGGAGGAAAGUGUUUUUUAUUUAGGAUUCAGGGACAUUUUUGCAGCUCUGGUUGGGGUUGCAUCAACCAAAUGUGCAAUACCUGCUCUUUCUGUGCCUUGCAUGGUCACUAAGUGCACAGUUCAGCUGAAGCAUGGGAUGGAUUUGAUUGUUCCCCCCAUUUUUUGACCUUUUGCUUCGGAGGAGUAAAGGAAUUUUUUGUCCGAUGAGAUGCGAACCGAGGAUUUGUGAAGCCUCUGCAGCAGGAGUUCUCCACAAGUUAUCAAGGGGAUACCCCUCCACACACACUUGACUGUCGUCCAAACAGUUAAGGAUCCUUUACGGUGUGUGCUGACGAUGGCCCGCAGGACUGAGCGCGGCACAGAGGACGGCUCCUGGGACGCACAGGAGGCUACAUGAGGUUGUCAGAGGGCCGCACGUUUGCCUUUUCGCUGACUCCACCUUCCCACCUCCUCCUGUUCAAAUCUGUGAAGAAACAAAAUCUCCGACAGGGGAGGGGGGCUGAUAUCUGCAGAGAGGUACAAACCAAGGGUGAGAACUGAAAGACUUCAACGGAGCCGUCCUGUCCCCUACCGUCCCCCCGAGCGGUGGGGGAACGAUCACAAACACUUCUUUUUUUAAAAGGGAGCCGGAAUAAAGGGAACACAUUAGCCCUCAGCGGAUCUACGGAAUUUUAUUUUUUUUCUUCUUCUUUUAAUUCGUGAAAAAUAUGGCCGAUAAUGUCCUGGAGUCCGGCCCGCCUUCAGCUAAGAGGCCCAAGCUAUCCUCUCCAGCUCUUUCUGUGUCUGCAAGUGAUGGAAACGAUUUCGGUUCCCUCUUUGAUCUGGAGCAUGACCUCCCAGAUGAGCUCAUCAAUUCUUCGGACUUGGGAUUGACAAAUGGAGGGGAUGCCAGCCAGCUCCAUACCACUCUUGGGGGGCUUGGAGUUGGGAUAGGUGGGAGUGGCCAGGAUGCGGCUGCGAAACACAAACAGCUGUCUGAGCUUUUGCGUGCAGGAGCACCGGCUCAACCGGGCGGUCCUACCUCCAGCAGUGCACCAUCUGGGCCCUCCAUGGCAAUGAUGGGGAACAUAAAUGUUUCUUCUAGUGGACCUCAAGGCAUGCACCCUCAGGGCCAGCAGCAACAGUCUGGAUUAACGCAGCAGGUUGGAAUGGUGGGAGGCGUGCAGGCGCUCAGUCGGGCAGCCGCUUUGAUGGGCGCCCAAAACGGCAACACUGGACAGCAGCAUCAAGGGCUUAUGGGAGCUCAGGUUCUGAACGGCUCGCCUAGAAUGGGCUUCCUCGGAAACGCUGGUAUGGGUAACAGUGGUAAUCUGUUGACGGAGAAUUUGCAGCAGCAACAGGGGGGUCAGCCGGUCGGAGGCGGUGUUCAAGCGGGGAUGAGACCACAGCAGCCGGGAGCGCUAAACAAGAUGAGUAUGAUGGCCAACGCGGGCCCCUAUGGUGGUCCGUAUGGCCAGUCUGCUGGCCAGGGGCUGCCUGGAGCCGGGCUGGCCCCACAGCUCCAGAAUAAAGCACUCCUGUCCAACAACGUUGCCCAACAGUUCAGCAUGGACAAGAAAGCCCCUCCUGGUCAAGUCAUGCCUGGGAUGGCUCCUCAGCAGCAGCCCGGUGGCGUCACUGGCGGACCCAUCAGUGCGGCUGCAGCCGUGGGAGGACCCCAGGUCGGCCUUGCGGCGGUGGGAGCAGGACCCAGCUCCACGCCUCCAACCGCAGACCCAGAGAAGAGGAAGCUCAUCCAGCAGCAACUCGUCCUCUUGCUCCAUGCACACAAGUGCCAGCGGAGGGAGCAGGCCAACGGUGAAGUGCGGCAAUGUAACCUGCCCCACUGCCGCACCAUGAAGAAUGUGCUGAACCACAUGACUCAUUGCCAGGCUGGCAAAUCCUGCCAGGUGGCACAUUGUGCCUCGUCCAGACAGAUCAUCUCCCAUUGGAAAAACUGCACACGGCACGACUGUCCUGUAUGCCUGCCGCUGAAAAAUGCCGGAGACAAGAGGAACCAGCAGUCUCUUCUUAACAGUGCAGCGAUGGGUUUAGUCAACUCUUUAGGUUCGGGCGUUCCAGGUGGUCAGUCCAGCACUCCCAACCUGAACCCCCCCAACCAGAUUGACCCCAGCUCCAUAGAGAGGGGCUAUGCUGCUCUGGGCCUCACGUACCAGGCUAACCAGAUGCCCCAGCAGCUGCCUCAGACUAACAUGCCGAACCAGGGGCUGCAGGGACAGCCUGGGAUGAGGUCUCUAAACGCCAUGGGAGGAAACCCUAUGGGGGUAAAUGGUGGAGUUGAGGUGCAACCCCCCAAUCAGCAGUCCGCCCUCCUGCCAGACGCCAUCAUGCACAACAACAUGACAGCACAGAGUUUGAUGAAUGAUGGUGUGGGGAACCUUGGCUCCCUGCCUGCAGCUGCUCCUCCUUCUGCUGCAGGAAUGAGGAAGUCCUGGCAUGAAGACAUCACGCAAGACCUCCGCAGCCAUCUCGUCCACAAGCUUGUGCAGGCCAUCUUUCCCACUCCUGACCCAGCUGCACUGAAAGACCGGCGGAUGGAAAACCUUGUGGCUUACGCUCGUAAAGUAGAAGGGGACAUGUACGAGUCGGCCAACAGCAGGGCGGAGUACUACCACCUCCUGGCAGAGAAAAUCUACAAAAUCCAAAAAGAACUAGAAGAAAAGAGGAGAACGCGACUCCAGAAGCAGGGCAUGAUGCCCGGCCAACCUGGCAUUGCCCCCUCUGGUCUUCCACAGGGGCCUCCUAGCAUGGGUCAGCCACCCAUGCCUCCUGGACAACCUCUCAAUGGUCCUCACACUGAUCCGUCCAUGGUCCGACCCACUGGUCCAAACCAGAUGGUCAACAGGAUGCCGCAUUCAGCAGGAAUGAACCAGUUUAGUCAGAUGGGGAUGCAGACGAUGAAUCCGAGGUUGACGCCUCCUCUUCCUCAUAAUCCCCAAAUGAACCAGACGGCAAUGGGGGUGAAAAGGUUGGGUCAACCCAAUGCCCCACAACUACAGAACCAGUACCUCCCUCCAGGCCAGUUUCCCAGCUCCAGUCCUGGGCUUGGAUCUGGUCCUGUUGGUAUGAACCAACCAGGAGCACAGACUGCUGUGCCUUCGAACCAGAUGUCAACGCCGCCUUCUCUCCCGGUGAGCAGUCCCGCGCCGCAGUCCGCCUCUUCAGCUCCAGGAUCUGGCGCUCCGGGGGGACCUUUGGGUCCCACUAACUCCAGCGGUGCCGGACCUCUCACCAGUCUUCCACCCUCCUCCACGCAGUCCAGCUCCUACCCCCACUGCCCUCCGGUUAGAACAAACUCCCCGUCACCAGCACGCAGUUUAACGCCUCAACCGCAUCAGACGCCGCCCACGUUGCCUCGCUCGCAAACCCCGCAGCCGCAGACCCCCAGCACACCUCAAGUGCCCCCUCCACAGCAUUCGCAGCAGCAACAGCUGCCGUCAACACAGACCGCAAGCUCCGAAAAAGCCGGUCAGCCUUUGCAGCAGAGUCAUGGGGCCUCCCCGGCUCCUCAAGCUGGUCAGGGCUCGUCUAUUCCGACACAGAACGCACACGUUCCACUGCAGCGGCCUCAGACUCCUCUCUCUCCAAAGCCUUCUCUGACAGCAGACGGUCACGUUUCUUCUCCUGCUUCGGUCGCAAGCACCAACGAUCCCACAUCCCAGCUCGCCGGUUCCGAAGGUCCCACUCUCAGCCUGGACGAUGUCAAAAUGGAAGUGAAGAAAGAGGAGGAAGAAGAUGAAGGAGCAGAGACGCAGGGCGACGGCAAAGGAAAUAUUGAAAGGGGUUCGUCUGAAGUGAAGGCAGAAGAGAAACCAGAGAUUAAGAAAGAGAAGCCGUCUGGAGAUGGGUGUAAAGGCGAGCCCAUGGAUACCUCCUCAUCCUCAGAGUCAUCUGCAGGAGCAAGUGAGGACAAGAAGCCAGUGGUGAAGAAGGAGCCCAAAGAGGAAGAGGAGGGGUCAACCACUAACAGCUCCCCAGCUGCUGCUCAGAGCAAGAAGAAAAUCUUUAAACCGGAGGAGCUGCGUCAGGCUCUGAUGCCAACCCUGGAGGCUUUGUACCGCCAGGAUCCAGAGUCUCUUCCCUUCCGCCAGCCGGUGGACCCCCAGUUAUUAGGAAUACCUGUACGUAUUCGAACUAGUAACAAAACUAACCUGGACUACUUUGACAUCGUGAAGAACCCCAUGGAUCUGUCCACCAUCAAGAGGAAGCUGGACACGGGACAGUACCAGGAGCCGUGGCAAUACAUCGAGGACGUGUGGUUGAUGUUCAACAACGCCUGGCUGUACAACAGAAAGACGUCGCGGGUCUACAAGUACUGCUCCAAGUUAGCAGAGGUGUUUGAGACGGAGAUCGACCCCGUCAUGCAGGGCCUGGGGUACUGCUGCGGGAGGAAGUUUGAGUUUUCUCCACAAACCCUGUGCUGCUAUGGGAAACAGCUGUGCACCAUCCAGCGGGACGCUGCGUACUUCAGCUACCAGAACAGUUCACCAAAAUAUGGGCUUCUUGCUGACAGGUACCACUUCUGUGAGAAGUGUUUCAACGAAAUCCAAGGCGAGAGUGUGUCGUUGGGGGACGACCCCUCCCAGCCUCAGACGUCCAUUAACAAAGACCAGUUCCAGAGAAAGAAGAAUGACACUCUGGACCCUGAGCUACUUGUGGAAUGUAUUGACUGCGGUCGUAAAAUGCACCAGAUCUGCGUCCUGCAUAAUGAAACCAUAUGGCCGUCGGGCUUCGUGUGUGACAACUGCCUGAAAAGAGCCAAUAAGUCACGGAAGGAGAACAAAUACGCCGCUAAGAGGCUUCCUCAAACCAAGUUGGGGAACUUUUUAGAGACUCGAGUGAACGACUACCUCAAACGGCAGAACCACCUGGAGUCUGGAGAGGUCACCAUCCGAGUGGUCCACGUCUCUGAUAAAGUGGUUGAAGUCAAACCAGGCAUGAAGUCCAGGUUUGUGGACAGUGGAGAAAUGGCCGAGUCGUUUCCGUACAGGAUGAAGGCUCUGUUUGCAUUUGAAGACAUCGACGGGGCGGACGUGUGCUUCUUCGGCAUGCACGUUCAAGAGUACGGCUCAGACUGCCCCCCUCCCAACCAGAGGCGGGUGUACAUCUCCUACCUGGACAGCGUGCACUUCUUCAAACCUCGACACCUCAGGACGGCGGUGUACCACGAGAUCCUGCUGGGCUACCUGGAGUACGUCAAGAGGCAGGGGUUUACAACGGGACACAUCUGGGCCUGUCCUCCCAGUGAAGGAGACGAUUAUAUCUUUCAUUGUCACCCGCCGGACCAGAAGAUCCCCAAACCAAAACGCCUGCAGGAAUGGUACAAGAAGAUGCUGGACAAGGCCGUCUCCGAGCGGAUUGUCCACGACUACAAGGACAUUUUCAAGCAAGCGACAGAAGACCGGCUGACGAGUGCCAAGGAGCUGCCGUACUUCGAAGGGGACUUCUGGCCCAACGUGCUCGAGGAGAGCAUCAAGGAGCUGGAACAGGAGGAGGAGGAGAGGAAGCGGGAGGAGAACAGCACCUCCAGCGAGAGCACAGAUCCCUCCAAGGGAGACAGCAAAAACGCCAAAAAGAAGAACAACAAAAAGACAAGCAAGAACAAAAGCAGUUUGAGCCGAGCCAAUAAGAAGAAACCAGGGAUGCCCAGUGUGUCCAACGACCUUUCCCAGAAGCUCUAUGCCACCAUGGAGAAACAUAAGGAGGUUUUCUUUGUAAUCCGCCUCAUUGCCGGCCCCACGGCCAACUCCCUGCCCGCCAUCACUGACCCGGACCCACUGAUGGCCUGUGACCUCAUGGACGGCCGCGAUGCCUUUCUCACUCUGGCCAGAGACAAGCACCUGGAGUUCAGCUCUCUCAGGAGAUCCAAGUGGAGCUCCAUGUGUAUGCUGGUGGAGCUCCACAACCAGAGCCAGGACCGCUUUGUUUACACCUGCAACGAAUGCAAACGCCACGUGGAGACACGCUUCCACUGCACGGUCUGCGAGGACUACGACCUGUGCAUCACCUGCUACAACAUCAAAGGACACGAGCACAAAAUGGACAAGCUGGGUCUCGGCCUGGAUGACGACGGCAGCAACCAGGCGGCAGCUGCUGCUCAAAACCCUGGGGACUCGCGGCGCCUCAGCAUCCAACGCUGCAUCCAGUCUUUGGUCCACGCGUGUCAGUGCCGCAACGCCAACUGCUCGCUGCCGUCCUGUCAGAAGAUGAAGCGGGUGGUUCAGCACACCAAAGGCUGCAAGCGCAAGACCAACGGGGGAUGUCCCAUCUGCAAGCAGCUCAUCGCUCUGUGCUGUUACCACGCCAAACACUGCCAGGAGAACAAGUGUCCGGUCCCGUUCUGUCUGAACAUCAAGCAGAAGCUUCGGCAGCAGCACCUACAGCACAGACUCCAGCAGGCCCAGAUGCUGAGAAGGAGGAUGGCCACCAUGCAGAGGGCGGGGCAGCCAGCGGGAGCUAUGCCAGGAGGACCUGUGGUUGGACUUCCAUCACCAGGAAACGUCACAGCACCCAGCACCCCAACGUCUGGAGGAACCCAACCCCCCACGCCUCAGACACCAACUCAGACCAUGCCUGCAGUCCAGCAGCAGGGACUGGGCCCUGGGAGCGGAGCACAGCAACCACAGCAGGGAGGAAUGGCUCCUCAGCAUCCUCUCCAUCAGUUCCAGCAGAUGGGAGGGGGAGGUGGGGGGGUCAUGAGCUCCCCACAGCAUCAGCAGCAGAUGCUCCCUCAGGUCCAACAGCAGCAACAGCAGCAACAGCCUGGAUCAGGACCAAAUCCGGGGCAGCACCCCAACAACAUGCAGUCGUAUGUCAACAGACCGCCAGGCUCCUCCCCAGUCCACCAAUCCCAGGGGAAGCCUGUGCUUGGCUCUGCGACUCCCCCCCAGCAGCAGCUUGGGGGUGUCAUGACUCCAGGGCAACAGGCUUCCAACCAACCUCCAGGUCAGCCGCCGCUGCAACCGCAGCCCCCCUCUGGUCCCCCAGCAGCUGCCGUAGAGAUCGCUCUGAAGAUACAGCAGGUGGCGGAAUCUCAAAGGAAAAUGGCGCUGCAGAGGCACGCAGCAGCCACGGGUCUGAUGCCCCACCACCAACAGGCCCCUGGGCAGCAGAUGAACAUGGGGCAUCCGGGAGCAGUGGGGAUGGUCGGGCCUCAGGGGAUGCCCCCGCAAACCCAGACGGCAGCAGCUCGAGCCCACAUGGACCCGCAGCAGGCCGCUCCCCCAGGAAUGAUGGGCAGUGCUGGUGGACACAUGCAGCAGCCCCCUCAGCAAGGAAACCUGCAGCAGAUCCAGCUCGGCCCCCAGGCGCAGCAGAGGAUGGGGGCUCCGCUCCAGAACCCACAGCAGCAACAGCAGCAGUGGGCCAGUCAGGGGAUGUCCCCCCAGCAGAGGCAAGCCAUGAUGAACCAGAUGGGCCACUCAGCUAUGAUGCCCAGCCAGCAGCAGCUUCCCCAUCAACCAACUCCAGGCCAUGCUGCCUUGAUGAGUAUGGCACAGCAGCAGCAGCAAGGUGCUGGCGGCGCCGUACCCGGAGCUGCCGGAGUUCCUGGUGUCGCCGGUGGAAACAUCCCACAGGGAGCUCUGCAGGAGCUUCUGCGCACGCUCCGCUCUCCCAGCUCCCCGCUGCAGCAGCAGCAGGUGCUGAACAUCCUGCGCUCCAACCCGCAACUCAUGGCUGCUUUCAUCAAACAGAGGGCUGCCAAGUACAAGGGGGGGCAGGGGGGUCCUGGUGGACCAGGGGGAGUCCCAGGAGGACCAGUGGGUAAUAUUGCAGGAGGAAGCCAGCAGGGCAACAUGAAUCCUGUGGGGGCCGGUCAGCAGGGAAUGCACAUGGGGGGACAAGGAGGAGCAAAUGUCAACAUGAGCCCCAUGGCUCAGAUGCAGCAGGUCCAGCAGCAGCAGCAGCUUCAGCAGCUGCAGCAGCAGCAGUUACAGCAGCAGCAGUUACAACAGCAGCAGCAGCAGUUACAGCAGCAGCAGCAGCAGCAGAGGCCAAUGCUAAGUGGCUUGCAGCAGCAGCAGGUUGCAGCUCUCCAGCAGCAGCAGCAGCAGCAAGGCGUGGGUCGAGGCAUGCCAGGUCAGGGGCCCCCGAUGGGAAACCUGAACGGAGCCCAGUUUAGAGAGCUGCUGAUGAGGAAGCAGCUGCAGCAGCAGCAGCAGCAGCAGCAGCAGCAGCAACAACAACAGCAGCAGCAACAGCAACAGCAGCAGCAGCACAUGGGAGUAAACCACAGUCAGUUCCAGCAGCCACAGCCACCCCAGGGGCAGGGCUUCAUGGGGCAACAAGGCAUGCAGUCUCAAGCAGUGGGCCAGGGGCCCCCUGGGGGCCCACCACUUCAGCAGCCCGGCGGACAGCCAGGUCAGCAGGCACCCAGUUACCCCGGAUCAGUUGCUCAGCAGCAGGCUACAGCUGCACUGCAGCAGCGGCUGCAGCACCAGCACCACCUCCAGAUGCAGCAGCAGAACGCCAUGGGGGGUGACGGGGGGCCAGGUGGAGGGGGUAUCAGCGGCCCCCAGCAAGCACCCCAACAACCCACCCAAACUGGACCCCCACCAUCAACCACUCAAGCUCGUCUUCAACAGACUCUGCACCAAAGGAUGCUCCAGCAGCAGCAGCAGCAUCUCGGCCCGGGCGGCUCACCGGCCCAGCACACCAACCCCAUGAGCCCCCAGCAGCCCCAGCAGGUGACCCAGUCCCCCCACCCACACCUUCAGGGCCAGGGCAUGCCCACGUCUCUGGCCAACCAGGUCCGGUCCCCGCAGCCCUCACCCAGACCCCAGUCCCAGCCGCCUCACUCCAGCCCGUCCCCGCGCAUGCAGCCACACCCCUCGCCGCUUCACAUCUCCCCCCAGAUGCAGACGGGCUCCCCCCACCCCAACCACCUGAACCAGCACCAUCAAGGAAUGAUGGCACCUCAACAGCCACAACCGCCAGCAGCCCAGCAGAACGCCAUGGAGCCGUUUGGCUCGGACGAGAUGCUGUCCCAGCUGAGCAGCAUGGCUGGUCUGCACGGGCCGGGCGGCGCCGGCCAGGACCCAAUGGGCCAGAAUAUUAGCCACAGCUCACUAGACCACAUAUAGGAUGGUCACUAGCGUGUGGAGCAGCGGGAGUGGAUCUCCGCACAAACUGCACUCACCCAGGACAGUGUUAUUGUUAUUACUAAGCUUUUUUAAACUAUUAAAUGUUAUUUAAAAUGUUUUCAAUAAAGAUGCAUUGAACUGAACUUCCUAUGGGAGAUGAACAUGAAAUCAAGCAGUCGUUAAAUGAAUGAGAAUGAAUUGUAACUUAUUGCUGUUUAAUGUUUUCUUUGCCAAUUAGGGAUGGGGGGGUUCUCUCACAUAUCAUCCCACAAUUCAUCCCCACGUACUGCAGAGGAAAGUCCAUUCUAUUUUUUUGAGGGGGGUGUGAAUAAAAGUACUUGCCUUUUUAAGAAUUGUUCUGUUUUUAUAGGUUUUUAAAGUCCAAAAUUAUGAUUUAAUGCAAAUAUCUUUAUAUCAGUUUUGCUUUUUUUUUUCCUUUUUUUUGUUUACUCUUCACCUCAAAUCCAAACACGAUGCUUUUUUUUCUCUUUUUUUCUAAUGUUUGGGUUGGUUUUAUUUAUUCUUUUCCUUCAGGGGGUGGGCGUUCAGGAGACUGCUACAGUUCCUACAGAAAUAUAUUUUUGGUAUUGACUGUUAAGAUGGGGGGGUUAGUAUAUGUUAUUUCACUUUAGACGUCUUGAGUUGGGAGUGAUGUCAGUGUUUGAUUGCAGUGCGCCCUGCGGCGGCGGCGGACACGCGUUCACGGCUUCUCUGGACACAUCUUUUUGGAAGAACUUUGCCCUCUCCGACAUGCAAGCCCCCUCCCUCGAAUGUGUGUGCACUCCUUCCUGUUAAAGACACUUCAUAUGGAGCUGUAGAGCUUUGGGGAGGGGGGGUGCAUACCUUUGUGCCUGUAACAUUUUAAAUACCUGGGGUGGGGCGGGCUUGUUCUAGUGUUUUUAGGAUUCUGCUGUUUUCCGUAAACAGAGGAUGAUGAUCCAAAUGAACUGUGUUGCACAGAAACGAGGAGAAACGAGGAGACCCCCCCCACACACAGACACCCAACUCGGUCUCUUUCUCCCUCGUCCCCUUUGCUGCUUCCCUCGGACUUUAUAUCCUCCUCUGGGGGGGACGUGGAGCUCCUUCUUUACAAACUCCAUCCUCUUUAUCUUUCUGCUCAGAACUUUGGGAGUUUAAUUUAAUAUUUUUUACUGUACAAAGGAAACAAACUGGACUCGAAUACUGUUUUUAUAAUAAAACAAAAAUUACCAAUUUU